AAGUGUUCUAAAUUCUAAUCUGUGACGGACUCGACGCACCUGGCGUUUCAGCAUUUACGUACCUACUGUACACUGUACAGUGCUUCUAGUAAUCUUUACUAAUAUUAUUAUUAUCCUGUAUGUAUACGAGUGCAUACAAUACAGUACGUUUAGUGGAUUUAUAUGCGCAUAAUUUUACUAUUAUUCAUCUGCACUCUGCAGUGUUUGUGUAUACAUUUUGGCUCGUAUUCGUGUUCUGUAUACAUCGCACUCACAGCGUACGGAUGUCAUUUGACUCAUUUCUGCACAUGCAUCAUGCAUUACCAUGUUUUGAUUUUUGAACUAUAUAAUUAUGUUCGCAGUUUCUACAUGAUCAGUCUUGUAGACAUGAAUGAACUAUAAAUGUCAACUGCUAAAGAUCAAGAACAGUUCGUCAAGAUCUCGGCCCCACAGGAACACAGCGCAGUCAGCUGCUCUUAACGCUGCCAAGAACACUGCUUAAAAUGGAUUGCAGGCUGGUUAAUCCGGGAUUUCGACGGCUUUUGGUUGGCGCAGAGUCGAUCAAUUACCAAAAUACUGUAGCGGUGCGGAUGCAUACAGCUGGUACUGCAGGGCAGGAGGAGUGCUGGUUGGGAUACAUCCAGGACAUUCGCGAUGAGCACGUGCUGGUGGACUUUGACGCCCGCCGGGCCGGGGCGGCUGCACGCUACAUGCACGCGUCACACGUCUGGCCGCUGCCGUUAAUGUCGCUGGAUAUGCAUUUCAGCGAGUCGCACAACAUGCCGGUCUUCGUCGCUCUCCGUGACCACUACGACGGGCCCUUCCGCUUCCGGCCGGCCACUGUCCUGUAUUUCGACUGCGAAUGCAGAAUGUAUUUUAUCAGCACAAAUUUAAACCUGUCAAGGAAGAAUCAUGCAGCUGCGUCUGGUAAUGGUAACGAUAUUGCCGUUGUCGACUGGUGUCAGAUCAUGAGCCGACUGCCAUUCGCCGAACCACCGCUGCUGGCAAGAACGACGACCGGUGUUCUGUACACGCGGCAUGAAAUCCUCCUGAAUGCGAAUGCUCGGACGCAAUGCGUCUUCAACACACGCACAACGGCCGAUGCCUCCCAGUUGAUCGACAGCUUCCGGCAAGUGUACCCUAUUCAGCCAUCGGCGGCACUGGCCGGGGCCGGGAUGUUGGCGUAUAAGCGCAUGGAGGAGAACUGUCGUUUCCAUCUGCGCAUCGGGCCGGAUCCGCAUCGGUGCACUUUCAUUGUCGUCGACGCCGCCAGCAGGGACUGGACAGGUGCAGCUCUGCAGAGGAUACUGGAGCGGUAUGCCACGUGCCGUACCGCCGCUACCGGUCUGUCAUCGAGCCAGGCGACUUCCAUUACGUCCCACCAGACUGCUGACAAUCAACUCCUCCAGCUGUCUCCAGGAUAUCCGCGCUGUAUGCGUACUGAAAGCGGACGCGGUAGUACUGACAAAGAAGCCAUCGAUGCCGGCACUCCUGGCAGUGCUGAGGCUACCUUGCGCCGUCUGCCACUCGUACUCUUGACGGAGAUCCUGGAAGUUCUGGACCUACAUUCGCAAGCUCAUGCCAUACGAGUGUGUGCAUUGUGGCAAGCGAUACUGGGCGAUCCCCGCACGGCGCAACACAUCAGUGUUUUAGCAGAUAAUCUGCAAAGUACAAGCACACAGUGCGGUGACCAUAACUACUGUUGCCGCUUCGCGAUGCUACUGAGCCGGGUCAUCACGCCCAAAACGCGGAGUGUCACCCUCAUCGCACGCGCCCAUGACUGGGAGGGGGAUCCGUUUAACUGGCACAUGCUGUGGUAUGUGGAGAAGUUGUUGGAAGUUAUGCGCAUCCAGCUGCCGUUCCUGGUAUUGAAAUCCUUCUGUCUGAUGUCCCCGGAACCCAAUCUACUAUUGCGCUUCCUGGACCAUUGUGACCAACUGAUGCUCGAUGGGCUGGAGAUGCGCGGGACGGAUUUGUUUAUCGAGAUGAGAGGGGAGCUGCAGAACUGGCGGCAACCAAACCAAGAAAAGCGCUUUAUUAACAAGUGCAGGUCCUGUUGGGACUUUGGUUCCCACUCGAAUUCGCUAGUGCUUGGACAUGUACAGCAACCGUCCGUUCUGGAUGCGACGCUGAUCAUCAUACCGCGAUUCAUCUGUCACUGGCGGGACGCAGACGACUGGGAGCCGGUCCGCCGGCGCUUCAUGUGGGCCAUGGAGCGGGCCUUUCCCCCGGCCAGCGCCGCCGUUCACGCCAAAGUGGCGGCGGUGCACGCUCGCUGGUGCCGCAGCCUCCCCUACCCAGACGACUGGUACCACAUCCGUCGCUUCAUAAACAAGUACAGCGGAUUCCAUCCAGAUGGCAGUCGGCAUGCGUAUGCGCGCGAUGAUGCCGACUUGCGAAGUGUCGACAUCCGCCAACUCAGCAACAUGGCACUGUGGGGCAUCGCCGAGGUUUACAACGGAUGA